CUCACUAGCCACAUAUCCACAGAAUUUCCCUGCACUUCAAAUUUUAGUCAUGGCUCCCACAAAGGCAGUAGUAGCCGAUGAUCACCUUGCAUUACCCGCAGGGGGCAAAAAUACUCCACUAACCAACACCAUUCCCAUUUCCAAUGUUCAAACUGAUAUCUAUGGGCUUGAGAUCUGGGAGGGUACCCUCCCCAUCAUCGACCUGGGAGGCCUUCAUGGUCCUCGCCGCUCUGACACCAUCAAACAGCUUGGCCAUGCAUGCCAACACUAUGGUGGCUUUAUGCUGAAGAACCAUGGCAUUUCAGAGAGAUUGUUGAAUGACAUAAUGAGCAAAGCAAGAGAGUUCUUCCAUCUACCAGAAGAAGAAAGGAUGAAAUUAUACUCUCCUGACCCUACCAGCCUUAUCAGGCUUGCUACUGGCUUUAAGGACGAUAAUCAGAAUGUCUUCGUCUCGAGGGAAUCGUUGAAAUUUCAUUGUCAUCCUAUUGAAAAUUAUGUUAAUCUAUGGCCUACAAAUCCUCCAUCCUACAGGGAGGUUGUAUCCGAGUAUUGUGUAGCUGCUAAAAGGGCAGAGAUAACACUACUUGAGGCUGUAUUCGAGGGCUUAGGCAUGGAAAGGAAAUCUAUAGACCAGAUAUUGGACAACCAUGGACAAUACGCUUCUCUAAACUACUAUCCGACGUGUGAAAAGUCAAAUCUUGGGCUCACUUUUGGACUGCGUGGUCACACUGACCCCACUAUACUCACCAUGCUACUGCCAGAUGAGGUGCCUGGGCUUGAAAUUCUACAAAAUGGUGACUGGGUACCUGUCAAGCCUAUUCCUAACACCUUGAUUGUCCAUGUUGGUGACGUGCUUCAGGGGCUUAGCAAUUGCCGAUACAAGAGUUUGCUCCAUCGAGUUAUUGUCAAUUCUGAGAAAGAACGUUUAUCCAUCGCUUCAUAUUGCUAUCCAUCAAAUGAUACUCAAAUGGGGCCUCCUAAGGAAUUGAUCGAUGAUGAUCAUCCAUUGAUUUAUAAAGAUUACACCUACGAAGAAUUCUACACUACAAUGUGGAAACAAAGACUUCCAGAUGCCACCCGCUUGGACGCAUUCAAAGUUUCUGCUGCUUGAUCACAUCUUCUCCACUACCGUUCCUAUGUUUAGAAUAUGCUCGGGAUGCAUGCUGCUUUUAUCCUCUCUUUUCUACUUUUUUUCUUCUUUUUUUUUGUGUGUGAGGUCGAUGGCAUGCAAUUUACUUUGAAUAAAUCUCAAGAAUUUUGUAACGUUUUCUUUUUUGGUUACGAAGCACUGUACCAUAAAAGGUGAUGAAUCUUGUAGCAAGUGACAUAUGAUCACUUGAUCCCUUUUAAGUUGCAUGCUAGCUGUUAUGAUAUUUUACCUGAAAUAAAAACGUUUCUGUUUUCAUGGAA